CUCUCCUCCCCUCACUUAAACAAAACGUUGCGAAAUUCCUCAAGUUUUCAGGCGGUCGUGAGGAAUCGCUUUCCUGCUGUUAUUAAAUGUAGCACACGGGCUUAGGCUGACUUCUUUUACAAAGACGGAGUUUGUUAAUUAGGAAGUUUUAAGUUACAAGGACCAACAAAGAAACAAACAAAACGCGGAUCGAAAGAAGUGUGGGGGAAAAAAGGGGGAAUGAAGACGGCAGGCGCGUAACGGGACCGAAAAGGAGGAGACGACUAACUUCGGGAAAGCUAUGGGAACUUAGGCCUUCUUAUCGACCAUUUUGAAAGCACAAAUAUUCUUAACCUCUGCUUUAUUUACAUAGGCACAUAGUGUUCCAGGCAUGAUGGAUGGAGAGAAAGAGAAAGAAAGGGAAAGGGGAGAGGAAAAAGAGAGUGAUGAGACGGAGGAGGAUGCCGAAGGUGCAGCCUUGCUGUGGCAAGAAGGUUCUUCUGAUGAUGACCUAGGACUGCCCAUCAUGCACUGGGAGGCCCUAAGCCUGCGUAUUGCUCAACUUGAGAAACAAGAAGAAGAACGAAGAGAGAAGAACAAGGAUGUUGCCCAGUGGACAGAGAGUUGGCCUGAGUUAUAUAACCUUACCAGACAUCAAGACACCUGUGAGGAUGUAGAUGAUAGUCGUCUGACAGCCCUAACAUCACGACUCCAGAGUCAGAUGAACCUGCAACUUUGCUUCAUCAACAACAGCGAGAGUGAGGAGGAGGAGGAGGAGGAAGACAAGGGGAAAAAAGAGUUGAACAAAGGUUCUGGGAAACAGACGCAGCAGCCACAGCAGCAUUCCAGCACUGCAUCCAGCAGUAAAGCCAAAUCUGGUGGGUUUAAGAAAGAGGUCAAGGCUGCUCUCAGCAUGCUAAGACACAAGCUGAGGUUGGAGCAAAAACAGAGCAAACCCCCCAGUGAUGCAGUUAAAGAGAGAACUCAUUAUAAUCGCAGCGACUUGCAGAAGUUCAACUUAAAGGAGUUGAAUGCACUGAAGACCACACUAAGCAAAGAUAUUCAUAACCUCAGCUCUGAGUUAGUUGGCCGACUUCUCACAAGAGACCAGCUAAGAACUGAACAGGAUGCCAUGUUACUGGAGAUACAGGAUAUGACGUCACUCUGACAGAAGAGGUCACUUCCAUUAAAGGGACAAAAAAGAUGCGUUAAUAACUUGAGAACUUACAAACCUGGGAGAUCUGCCUGGAAGACUUAACUGUACUGUGAAAAGUUUCUCCACACCAAAGGACUGUUUUUAGGAUUUUAAGGACUUAAAUUGCACAGAUUUGUUUCUGAUAUUUCCUUUAUUUUAGCUGCUUUGUAAGGUUUCUAUUAAUAUGUUGAUAUAACGGUGUUGUAAGGCAUUAACAAGACAUUAGUAAGCUGUUAUUGCUGUCUAGGACCAACCUCUUUCCAGAAUCAAAUUGUUUUUGACAAAUCAUUAUUUUUUAUUGUUCCAGCCCCUUUAGGUUUGUGUCAUAUUUACAUCAUUUUAGUGAUACACUGCAUCCAUAAUUUGAUAUUCAAUAGUUUACAGUCACAUGCAGACACUUGUAGAGCUAAUGGAUAAAGCAAUAAUCUCCUGAUGGGAUGACGUGUUUCACACCUGUGCACACAAAUGUAAAUUAUGCAAAUUAGCAGUAAGAGAAUCAAAACUGCCUAAAACAUGCUCAUUAAAAUCUACCUAGAAUAA